GCCUUGGUAACUUGGUCACGUGAUAGGAAUAUUUUCCUCCCAUAUUAUUAUGGUCUGUCUGCAGUGCAAAAAAUGGAGCUUUCUGCUGUAGGGGAGCGAGUAUUUGCAGCAGAAUCUAUCAUUAAAAGGCGAAUCAGAAAGGGGCGAAUUGAAUAUUUGGUAAAAUGGAAAGGCUGGGCAAUCAAGUACAGCACCUGGGAGCCAGAGGAAAACAUAUUGGACGCAAGACUGAUUGCAGCUUUCGAGCAAAAGGAAAGGGAGAGGGAGUUGUAUGGCCCAAAGAAGAGGGGACCUAAGCCAAAAACUUUCCUGUUGAAGGCUCGGGCCCAGGCUGAUGCUUUGCGAAUUAGUGAGAUGCAUUUUUCUGCAAAACCAGGUUCAAGUGGUUCACCAAAACUUCACUCCAGUGCUGCAGCACACAAGCUCAAAAAAGAUAUUCGGAGAUGUCACAGAAUGUCAAGACGCCCCCUUCCUCGUCCAGACCCACAUUCAGGUCAGAGUGGUGGGACACGACCCCCAAUGUCUACAUUUUCUGAGACUGUUCGUAUCAUCAACCGUAAAGUGAAACCAAGAGAACCCAAGCGAAGCCGCAUCAUUCUAAAUCUGAAGGUGAUUGACAAAGGAAACAAGCCUCCCUUGGGUAGGCCUAAAAUUCCUUCAAGAAACAGGGUGAUUGGAAAAAGUAAAAAGUUCAGCGAAAGUAUGCUUCGAGCCCAGAUUCGUCACAUGAAGUUUGGAUCAUUUUCCCUUUACAAUAAGCCUACUCCAGUGCCUGCAACACUGGAAGAGAGAAGUAAGAAUGAAGAAUGUGGUUCCCAGAGCAUGAAUUCAUCUUGUCCCAUGACUGUGAAGGCUCCACCUAACGGGGCUUUUUCUUAUGACAAUACUUCAAGCUCUUCUGCCUCAGACUGCCCUUCUCCUCCACCUUCUGAAGAUGUGGAUGACUCUCCACCCAAGCUUACCCCUGAGACUCUGAGUCCCGCAGUUCCAGACUGGCGUGAGUCCGAGGUUUUAGAUCUUUCAAUUCCUCCUGAAUCAGCAGCUAGCAAGAGGGUAGCUCCUGGAAAUCAGACCCCGGCAUCUGAUCCUGGAGAUGAAGGAGAGGAUUGGCGCCCAGAGAUGUCUCCCUGCUCUAAUGUUGUAGUUACUGAUGUGACUACUAACCUUCUUACUGUCACUAUCAAGGAGUUUUGCAAUGCUGAAGAUUUUGAAAAAGUUACUAAUGGCAACAAAUAAGCUGGUUUAAAUGGAUGAGGACUUGAAUAAUUCACUGGUGCUAACUGCAGUUGUUUUCUUAUACUCAUGGGUUUCCAAGAUUAUGCUGUCCUAACUGUUGGAAAGUUUAAACAUGGAAUGCAAGAAAAAAAAAUGAAUGUGAGUAUUUUCUAGCAAGUGUCAGGUGAAUGGCAGGGAUGGUAGAGAAAUGAUCCAUGUAGUUCUGCAGUUGUGCAUUGCACCAUGGGAGUUCAGUGCGAUGGCUAAAGACCAGAAUAGAAAAGUCCUCUUACUUCACCCACCCCCAUGUUUAAUGUCCUGAGACAUAUUCAGGAGCACGUAAGGUAAUGUGUUUUAUUUCCUGCACUUCUACUGUAACAUAGUACCCUUUAUUGGGCACUUCAUUUGGGUUCCCUCUUUCUUUAGUUGUCUGCCAACUGUUUCUAUGCUGUCGCUUGGAACUACAGUUUAGUCUGUAAAUCCUCUGGAGUAUUGCACGUAGAGAGGGAGAGAGUGUUUAUGUUCCUUUAUGUAUGUGUCCUGUUCUGGAGGUACAUAAAAUAGCUGAAGUUGGACUGUGUCUGAAUCCGUGAGUGAACAUGUGCUAGGUCUUCUUGCUUUUUACAUCUCCUUGGUGCUAAGUUCCAGAUUUCUGUCAUCUGAUCUUGUCUGUACCUUGGAUGCCUUAAGCACAUUUACUAAACUGAAAUGCCAUUUUCUGCAUACAAAUCUCUUUUGCUCUUUCAACAAGUCCUUACACUGUGGUUGUAAAACUUCAGAUGACAGAAGUCUAUUGGCCAGACCUUUAAAUCCAGCCACUUUGAGUCUUUAGUGGCUCAGGUCUUAUUUUUGUGGUGCUACCAAAGUACUGUAAUAAAAGUGAUAUGGUUCAAGGUUUGUGACUUCAGCUGUAACACCACUGGUUUGUUACAUUGUUAGGCAUUUUGUUGGAGUGGGCUUGGAAUUAUUUUAUGAGAGUACAAAAAAAGUCUUUAGCAAGCUUUGCACACGCAUGAGUUUUCCAGCUUUGUGGUGUAGUUACAGACAUUUUUGUCAUUAGUUUGGCUUUGGAUGGAUACUUCUUGAGUAUGGUGGAUUUAUUUUCUUUUUAACACAAUCUCUGAUUAGAGAUUUCUGAAGAAUUGUGCUGGAGAAGUAAUGGAGGUCUAUAGUCAGUGGAAUUAGCUGCCUUUGCAGAUGGAGCGGAGAGUUUUAUGUGGAGUUUUUGUUUUUCAGACCCUGCAAAAUUCAUUGUGUGAAUUACAGUGCUGUUUUGUGACAUGCACAAGGAACUGUUUCUGUCCGUUCCUUUUAUACACACACACACACACACACACACACACACACACACACA